GGUCUUCUACGCUCCCUCAGUCAGAGAGGGGGUUCUACGUAACCAGCUGUAGCUUCACCUGGUCGACAUCUUUCAUCAUCAUUUCACUGAUCUUCUCUUUUUUCCUGCUGAGUUUAAACAGCACUGCUCUUCAUGUCACAGCUAAAAUCCAGUGUUUUGCAGCCACUGAGGAGUAAAAGGGUUAAAGGUAAUGGAAGGGAACUUUUAAGCUGCUGUGAGAGGACCUCCUGUGUUUCCAAUCACUUUAGAUUUCUCUUCAAAGAGAGGUCUGGACUUUUGUUGUAGUGGACGACUCAUUUAGGCUAUUUCCCCCUUGAGACCACUGGAUAUAGAUUUUUUUGUUCUUUGUUCCACCUGCUAGCUUCACCUCUUGAUACUCCAUAAGACUGUUGGGACUUUAUGGAGUGUGAAAUUUUUUCAGCAAGUGUGAAGUUUGGGGGAGCAAAGUGAAACAAAACAUGGCUGGUGGAGCUCCUGCUGCGUGCUGAACGCUUCAGUCCAGAUAUGACGACAGUGUCCAUGGAGCCUGUAGGAGCCCUUGCAGAAAGGGGGGCAAAUGCAACAGAUCCCCCGAUGAGCGUGCACGAGGACACCGCCGCCACCUUUACCAUCGGCACAAUCCUCUCCAUCAUGUGCUUUGUUGGCGUGUCAGGAAACAUCUACACCUUCGUGGUCAUGUGCCAUUCCAUGAGACCUGCUGCCUCUAUGUACAUCUACAUCAUAAACCUAGCUCUGGCAGAUCUGCUCUACCUGUUAACCAUUCCCUUCGUGGUCUGCACUCACUUCGUCCAGGGAUGGUACUUUGGAGAUGCAGGUUGUCGGAUUCUCAUCAGCAUGGACUUCCUGACGAUGCAUGCUAGUAUCUUCACGCUGACAAUCAUGAGCACUGAGCGCUAUUUCGCUGUGCUCAAGCCACUCGACACAGUCAAGCGGUCUAAGAGUUACCGGAAGGCCAUCGCUCUGCUGGUUUGGGUCGCAUCUUUCAUCCUCACCCUACCGAUGAUCGUGAGGAUUCAGUUGAAGACGAUGAACAACAAGGCCAUGUGUCAAACCACCUUGUCCCCGCUCUCCUACAAAAUUUACAUAUCUUUCCUGUUUUGCACGAGCAUUGUUGCUCCGGGACUGAUCAUUUGUUAUCUCUACAUCCAACUUGCACGGACCUAUUGGGUUUCACAGACAGAGACAUUCAAACAGACCAAGAAACUCCCCAAUCAAAAGGUGCUGUACCUGAUAUUCACCAUUGUGCUCCUCUUCUGGGCGUGCUUCCUGCCAUUCUGGAUCUGGCAGCUGCUCAGCCAGUUCCACCCUUCAAUGCCUCUGUCCACCAAAGUCAAACGCAACAUCAACUAUCUGACGACAUGUUUGACGUACUCCAACAGCUGCAUCAAUCCUUUUCUCUACACACUGCUGACGAAGAACUACAAGGACUACCUGAGGAAGCACAAGCGGUCCUGGUCAGCUGGCAGCUACUUCAGCAGGAGGAACCGCUUUCAGCGCUCGCCACGCAGGUCGCCAUCGUCCAGCAGUCAGCAGUGCACUGAGAGCUUUAUGCUCACACACACAGCCUCGCUGCGAGCACAUAACAGCAGUUUGUAAGGUACGAGCUGGUCUUUUCAUCUGGUUUAGGAAUUUGUUGAUGCUGGAGGCAAAAACAACGGAAAGAACAAUCUCUAAGCAACACUGUCAAAUUCCAGAAACACUGCUUUAAACAGCAUUUAUUGUAUAAUUAUUUAAUUUUUUAACAACAGCAUGCCUAACGGCUGUGACCAAUAUGUUGAAUAAUAAAAAAUAGCAGAGCAAAGAUUUGUAAAAGUUGCAUGAGUUCGGAUGGUUGUGAUUGCUGUCCCUCUGAAUGUGUGUGUGUUCAGGAUUCAAAUGUCCUGGUAUGUGAGGCGAGCGUGUCCAAAUGGGACUGCUGCUGCCGUGUUUAUGUAUGUAACUGGGUGAGCUGGUUAAACAUGUUUUAAAACAAUAAAUACUGCAUUGCAUCUGAAAUUCUAGGAGUUUUGUAACAGCAAUUUUAAUGUUUUUGUGAAUAGAAGAUUAAGAGUCUUCUUCAGUAAGGAGCAUAAAUGUAUGAACCAAUCAAGCUUCAACUUCGUAGAAGUUGGCAGGGUUCACAGAAGAGGGAAAAGUCCUCUUUCAGGAAAAGGAAUGGCUUAGGCUUAUUUACAUUUCUAUUUUGUUUUACCUGAUUUCAAAAUGCCAGGAGGUCCAGUGACCAUGUAAUGGAGAAACUCAAGUAUCGAUGAUGCACCAGUGCCCACACAGCAGGGCCCAAGGCCAGGUGAAACAUAGCAUUUUGGGGCUUUCAGGGUCUGCAGCUCUGGAUUCCAGCUACACUGGAACCUCGACAAUGCAAACACAAACCUAGAGAAUGGAACACAUUAGAUCUUUGAUGAAACGAAAGAGCCACCUCACUGAUGAAGACACACAAACUAUAUUCAUCAACCGAAGCCAAUAAAAUCAUUCUAAUUUAGAGCAUUGGUUCCCAAUCUGGGGUCUGGGCCCCCCGUUAAGGGGAUGCCAAAGAUUUCAAGGUUGUUGAGGUUGUUAAAAUUAGGUUGGCAUAUAUUACCUAAAAUUAAUGUAACACACUUAAGCCGGGUGUACACUGUGCCAUUGUCCUGUGAUUCAGCAAAGAAAUUAGAGUCGAUGACUCACUCCGAAGUCAGGCCAACUUUCAGUCUGUUCCACCAUGCUAUGAAAAAGGAAAUAAACGAGCAGGAAACAUUCCUAUCUGCAGACGUGCAGCUGACACAGACGUGGUGCUGUUUGUGUGUUUUGGACAGAGAGAGCGAGAGAGAGGGGAGAGAUGGGGGGGAUAUGACUGGAGACACUUCGCCCUGAGUGUGUGAGACUUUUUAAAAAUGAAACUGCGGGUUUCUGUCACAGUCAGUCCUGACUUCAGUCGCACAGUGUGCACUCGUGCUUUGUGAACAAUUCAGUCACAGAGUGUGAGCACACAACUCGUGUGUGAUGGUCAUGCGUCAUAAAUGAUUCAGUCACACAGUAAGAGAUGACAUUCUGCUACAACUGUCUUAUGGUCAGCUUGAAAUCGCACAGAGUAUACCCGGCUUUACUGAAUGGUUCAUAGACAGGUCUUUUGGUAGUGUCAAAUGUUUAUGGGGCCGUUCUACUUAAAUGUUAUCACAGAAAAUAGCUAAAGUUUAAGAAAUGAGUGGUGUAGCUACAAUUUCAUUGGCUAAGAAAGACUCUAAGGUUGUCAUGUUUAAGUGGUCAGCACAAGACUGAAGAUGUCCUUGUUGGGGCUCUUUGCCUGCUGAGGGAGGAGCUGAAGCAUUGGGGAUGUGCGUCUCCUGGGCCAAAAACAAAGUUCCCGGCAUCUAAGGAUGCCUUGGAUGCUGCCACAAAUCUGUGUCUUCAAAUGCCGAAGUUGUAGAGAAGUUCUUCUACUUUGGCAGCAUAAUCCAUUGAUCCGCUGACUAUGAGGUUGAGAUCAACCCCAAACUUGUGGCGAUCGGUUCACUGAGCAAGACAGUGUGUCGUUUCUGUUAUCUGAGCAUGCGGUCCUGCAGGUGUUACUGUACUCUGGUGAGACCUGGAUGUUGACUGAUGGCCAGAGGCGCUGGCUGAACGACUUUUCUUUGGCGCAUCUUUGGUAUUGUUGGCAUGACCGUGUGUCUAACGCAGAUGUGCUCAGGAGGGAAGGGAUGGGAAGGGUCGAUCGCUUGUUAAGGGAAUGGCAGCUGCACUUUAGCACUUUGGUGCAAUUUCCUAGGCCUAAUCCAGCUCAUCCCAUCAGUGCCUGGGACCUGGGCUGGUCCAGAUGCCAGGGGCGGCCACAUGUGUUGUCAAGGGAGAAGAUACAUGAAGAGUUGGGGCACAGGCCUGGAGGAUGGCCAUCAGGAGGCCAAGCUGUACAGGGCCAAGGCUGAUGCAGCAAAGUGCCAAACCGGCAUCCACCCCCAUACCUGACCUGACCUGACUUGAUGCUACAUUGGAGCUUUUUUUAAAGCCAGUUAUGUAUUUGUCAAACUAUGUUUUGUAUUUCAGAAUAUUUGGCUAGACCCAAAGGUAUUACUAAGACUAGAAAUGUUUGUCAGAAGUAAGUUAUUGUAUUUAUUUAUUUACUUAUUUAUUGGUUGUUCAAAUGAGUUGGACAUCGAUUUCAUUUGAUUGCCAUUACUGCACUGUAAAUGUGUGUUGGGGCUGAUUCCCCCUGCAUUCAUUUGGUUUUGGUCAAACUAUGGCCCGCGGUCCAAUUUUGAUCGGCCCGCAGCAAAUUCUAGAAACAAACACCUCAACAGGAAGAACUUCCUGAUGUGUGUUUUAGUGACUAAACUGGGACAUCUGUGUACAUGGUAAAAAUAUCGGCAAUCAAAAUAAUAUCUGGUUUUCCAACUCUCUGAUGAGUUUCCACAGCAAAUAGCAGGACCAAUAAUAUUCCAGGGGCGGAGCCAGUGGUGGCUAGGGCCAAACAGGGCCCUCUGGGAUCUAAUUGGCAUCCCCAAAAACCUGAAACUGAUGGACUGUUUUCCUUGUCAGCCGUUCAGCAUCAGUUCAGGCGAGCCACGGAGUCAAGGUCAGCUGAUCUAAUAAAAAGCCCUUAUCAGCUGACGGCGGCUGCUUUGCUCCAAGUACGCUAUUGGCCGAUCGCUCUCAUGCUCUCAUUUAAACUGCUCUUGCCUGGCCACGCUGUGUAACUCUCUCUGCAAGCUGCUCUUGGCACCCUCCUCCACCCCAGCUCCUCCUUUAUUCUGCUUCUGUCUUAAUUAAUGUCAUACACCUUGAUUUGUGGAUAUCAAAGUGGCCCCUACAUCUUUAUAUAUUUCCAUAUGUGGCCCUCAGAGGAAAAAGUUUGAACAGCUCUACAUUAUCCUACUUCAACCUAGGCACUUUUUUAUAAAACAUAAUUGUUGGCAUCUUUGUGCAGUUUGGUCUUUUUGUGAACAUGCUCCCUGCUAAGGUAGCCACAAUACCCCAAAACCCCUUCAUGUCUUUUAUCAUUUUAUUUUUGUUGAUGCUAUUUUUAAAGCCUAUGUCGUUGCUGUCUGCUAUGCCAGUCUGGCUUUGCAUUGUGGGAAACAGUACAUGUGUAAGACUGGUCCAGUGCAUGUUGUAGAUGUGCAUGCAUACUGCAUUUUGGCUUAACCACUCUGUACUCCUGUUAUAGUGGGUGGCAGGCCUGCCCACAGAAAUGACUGGGCCCCUGGAAAGUCCAGUAAUUGGACCCUCAGCAAAUGUCAUGAGAAUGCAUGCAUGUGGGAUCUGCAGUGUUAGUACUAGCCUGUUCAAUAUUCAGAUUCAGCUUCACUCAGAUCAGCUUUUUGAGGUCAAGGCAUGGCUGUACACAGUCUGACAUUACAUGCCCUCUAGUUAAGUUUAAUGGGGCUGUCCAGUUUUGUUCCUCCAACAGAAGUAAUGAUGAAGUAAUGACAGUAUUUGGCUUUUAAAUAAUAUUUGUCACCAUAUCCUCAAUUCAGGGGGGACCAUAUGUUUGCAAAUCUCCAGCUGGGCCUCAGAAGGCGUUCCUCGUCCUUAUGGGCAGCCUUGGUGGGGGGUUUCAGAAGCAGCCUCAGCUGAUGUGUUUGCAGUAGUCAUGGGCAGGUGAUAGUACCUCUGUAGCUGCUUUAAUAAGCCACCUGUGAAGUAGGCGUUGAUCCUGACCUGCUCAUAGGUUGUUUUCAGCAUCAUCUUUACUUUCAUCUUUGCUUUUUAUCGGCAUCAGAUCAUUUUUUAUACACAGACAUUAGAGCAGUGUUACUCACAUGUGGCUCUUUUGUAUCUUAAUUUGAAAAAUUAUUACCCCAGAAAGCCGUAAAAAAGGGAAACUUUGACUUCAGAAAUUAUCCAUUGCAAGUCAAAAGUCAGUUUAUUUCCCUCACUUAUACAGUAGGCUUUAGCUGUCAACUUAAAUGUCAACCUUUAUUUUUCUGUAUAUUUACGUUGCCCUCAUUUGCACUUUUUGCCCUUUUUUCCCCUAUAUUUGCUGGUUUUAA